CUUGGCUCAGAGGAUCCUGUCCCAGGGUGAUGGCAUUUAGCCAGUGGAUGCCAGGUGCCCAGGCUGAGCCAGCGUCCCCGGCGAGGACCCCAAAGGCUGCUGUGCGAGAGAAGAGGUGCGGCGGAGCCCUGUAAAUUUGUUGCCAAGAAGAGGAACAAUGAAUUCCUCAUUUCACUUGCUUUUCUUGGAUCUCAACUCGAAUGCCACAGAGGGCAACUUUUCAGGACCAAAUGUCAAGAACAAGUCUUCGCCGUGUGAAGAGAUGGGCAUUGCUGUGGAGGUGUUUCUGACUCUAGGUCUCAUCAGCCUCUUGGAGAACAUCCUGGUUAUAGGAGCCAUAGUGAAGAACAAGAACCUGCACUCCCCCAUGUAUUUCUUUGUGUGCAGCUUAGCGGUAGCUGACAUGCUAGUGAGCAUGUCUAACACCUGGGAGACCAUCACCAUAUACUUAAUAAAUAAUAAGCACGUGGUGAUAGCAGAUGCUUUUGUGCGUCACAUUGACAAUGUGUUCGACUCCAUGAUCUGCAUUUCCGUGGUGGCUUCCAUGUGCAGCUUGCUGGCCAUCGCGGUGGACAGGUACGUCACCAUCUUCUACGCCCUGCGCUACCACCACAUCAUGACCGUGAGGCGUUCCAGAGUGAUUAUCACGUGUAUCUGGACCUUUUGCACAGGCUGCGGCAUCGUUUUCAUCGUCUACUAUGAGUCCACGUAUGUCAUCGUCUGCCUCAUCUCCAUGUUCUUCACCAUGCUCUUCCUCAUGGUGUCCCUGUACAUACACAUGUUCCUCCUGGCGCGGACUCACGUCAAGCGGAUAGCAGCUCUGCGUGGCUGCAGCUCUGUGAGGCAGACGGCCAGCAUGAGAGGGGCCGUCACCCUGACCAUGUUGCUGGGCAUCUUCAUCGUGUGCUGGGCUCCGUUCUUCCUCCAUCUCAUCUUGAUGAUUUCCUGCCCCCAGAACUUCUACUGUUCUUGCUUUAUGUCUUACUUUAAUAUGUACCUCAUACUCAUCAUGUGUAAUUCUGUCAUCGACCCUCUGAUAUAUGCCUUCCGCAGCCAGGAGAUGAGGAAGUCCUUCAAAGAGAUCAUUUGUUGCCACGGUUUCCGAAUACCCCGCAGGUUCCUUAGCAGGUAUUAAGCAAGAAGUUCUUCCUUAUGCACCUUCGUACAGCCAAGGAGGGAGCCAGAAAGCUGGAAAUCAGAAGUAUGCAUCCUGUUAAUCUUUAUUCUAUGUCUAAGUUGUCCUGUAUUUCCCCCUGCGGAAGUUGUUGGGUCAGACAAGCACGUGCCGCUUACCCAUUUGGGGAAUGGUGUGUGACCGUUUCUUACUGUCCCAUCUCAUUCCUGAUUUUUCUCCCGGUCCUACCCAUUUCUGGCGGUCUGGUCUAUCCUCCAUCAAGUAAGUCUGCGUUCAGGGAAGAUAAAGCCUUCUGGACGGAGAUCUCAGCGGGAGGAACAGCUACCACUGAAGUCAUGAAAGACAAGCUGCGUGGUUACUUUCUUUCCCCAGGAGCAGCUCCGUCAUUUAGCUUGAUGCUCCCGCGAGUCACCCGUGCUCUUCAGGGCAGAAUUAAAUGGUCUAAUUCUUUCCAUUUGAGAUUUGAUUCAUUUGUUAUGGGACAUCUCUACAGCUCUCUUUUCCUGAACUUUUGAUUUUCUGCAUUAUGUCCGUAAUUGUCCAAGGAUGGAAUUGCCUUAAUUACACUUCUGUCAAUCAUGUUUUCGUACCUGCCCAGACAUGAGCCUUGCCUCAUGUGGUGUGAAAGCCUCUUUGUCUUAUUCUCACUCGGUCCAGGGUUUCCAAAUCAGUGUUUUGGGGUCAUGUUAUGGGCUCUAGGUGCCACCCACCCUGCAUAUAGCACAUGCCCAUAGUCAAGUUAUCUUUGACCUUCUCAGACAGAAUGUCUUGGAUUCUGAGACCCCUUCACUGUAUACUUUGCACAUUGCAGCCUGGCUCGGGCGCCGGCCAUCAGGUGCCCAUCUAAUGCAUAGAAUCUCGUCUUCUCUGAUGUAGAAGGGAGGGAGAAAAUUUCAGGUUAGGUCUUGACUCUGCCACCGACAGGCAAUGUCACCUUAGCCAUCUCAUUUCAGUUUUCACAUCUGUGUUGAUGUCACUGGAUGUCACUGGAUGGUCAUAAGAACUGCAUGAAAAAGUGUGAGAACAUCUUGAAAACUUGUGAAGCACCAUAAAGAUUCACUACUUAUUUUAAAGAAAUGUUGCUGAUGGUUGGGCCUCUGGGUGGCUCAGUCAGUUAAGCAUCUGCCUUCAGCUCAGGUCGUAAUCCUGGAGUCCUAGAGUCAAGCCCCGAGUCAUAGGGCUCCCUGCCCAGUGGGAAAUCUGAUUCUCCCUUUGCCCCUCCCCCGCUCCUUCUCUCUCCCUCUUUCACUCAUUCUGUCUCUCAAAUACAUAAAGUCUCAAAAAAAAAAGUUUUAGAUGGGAUAAAUACAAGGGGAGGAUGCAGAAGGCAGUGCUCACUGGUCAGUAGUUGGAACAGUGACCCAGAAAGCAGGAGGACUGCUUUGCCACAGAGCAGUUCUGUUACCUUGGGCACAUCUCUAACUGCUUGGUCUCAGUGCUCUUAUCCAGAGUGAAGAGCUUGGUCCUUACAGCUCUCAUAUUCCAUCCUAUUAUUUUUGGUGUUAAUAUCUUCUCUUUUGUUUUGGAUAUUCAUGUCUAGACUAUUCCCAGGGAAGGAAAUAUAAAGUAUAAAUAAAGACCAUGGGGGUCACACAAUGAUGAGCUGUUGAAGUCUAUGGGAGCAGAGGAACUUCCUGGGUAUAGUUCCUUUUUUUUUUUUUAUAAAUUUAUUUUUUAUUGGUGUUCAAUUUGCCAAGAUAUAGAGUAACACUUCCUGGGUAGAGUCCACACAAAUAACUUAUAGACAUGAUCCUCCCAUUUGGCAGCUCAGAGUAAAAACAGAACAAGACAAAACAACAACAACAAACUACCAGUGCUGGCACAAGCAGGAAAGUGGAUAAAGUAUCCAAAUCUUUGGAAAAUGGCAAGUUAGCAGGUUGUUGACAACUGAGGUGUAAAAGAAUAGCAAGCUCUUCAAAUGCUUCCCAACAUUUUAGCAGAACCUCCUUGUUUCUACUCAUGCACGUAAGUGAUCUCUGCAUAGUUAUGAUGGGAAACUGCAGUCCGUGAUGUCUUUAGCAGUUUCUAGCACAGAGUAGGCACUCGACUGAUGUUUGUUAUUGGUGCUAAACAAAUGUGUACUUAAUCUGCUGCCCAUAGCAGAUUGCCUGGUGGCACUCUGAGUGCUAACUGAGGUCAGUAGGGCUCCCAUCCUUGGGUAGGAUCAAACUUCAGCUCCAGUGGUUUACAUUGGCUCCACCGGGGAAUCCAGUUCUAGUUAGGCUCUCUGCUCUGGUGCUUCAGGGCUUCAAACAAGGUUUUUACCUUUUCUAUAAAGGUCUUUAGGGAAAUACUCAAAUGUCUUAAUGUCUAUAUAUUGAGACAGAAAUAAUUAGUAUUCAGAUGUGUUUUCAGUUGGAAGGAAUACAUGUAUAUAAUGACAUGGCAAAUAUCUGUAAGUGAGCCAAUCCCUGGAAUCCCAGCACAAAGUCCCCUCCACAAAAUGAACUGUGUAAUUAUUGUAUGGUGUUAUAUAGGAACUCCUUCUGCUUAUGUAGGGACUAUAUUUGAUGUAAAAUUUUAUGUGUUCAAAGAAAUGGUUAAUAAAAUGGAAGGACUAGGCCACCCUUUUGAACUGAUUGUUCUGUUGUGUGAUAUUCAGAGCAUUUUUGGUCUUCUUGCCAAUUUGUCAGCAGCUGCUGCAGAAUGAGAAGGUACAUUCAUUAGUGAUGAAGUUUCCUUGACUGUAGUUAUUAUCUGUAUGAUGGCCAUUUCUCAGUUCAAAAUGAUUUAACUCCUGAAAAUAAAGUGAAAUUGUAAACUUGACAUUA